AUGAUAAAUGACCUUGGGGAGGACAACAUCAUAAGAGGAUCAAAGCGGAUGGGCAUACACUACAAACAACCUGGACACUUGCAUGACUGGAGGAACCAAGAGACAGAGGAAGAUGUACAGACAAGCAAAGCAAGCCCAAAGGCUGUGGAUAUCCCUUCAGCUAAUCGCUUGGCAAAGCGUCUUUUUAUGUUAGAUGGUUUCAAGAAAUCUGAUGUAUCAAGACAUCUGAGUAAAAACAAUGAUUUUAGCCGAGUAGUGGCAGAAGAAUAUUUGAAAUACUUCAAUUUUGAAAACGAUACUUUAGAUAUAGCACUUCGUAAGUUCCUUAAGCAAUUCAGCCUGACUGGAGAAACACAAGAGCGAGAAAGAGUUCUUGUCCAUUUUUCUAAACGCUACCUGGACUGCAAUCCUGGUUCCUUCAAUUCACAAGAUGCUGUGCACACAUUGACGUGUGCAAUCAUGCUGCUCAACACUGACCUGCACGGUCAGAAUAUUGGUCGAAAGAUGACUUGUACUGAAUUCAUUGAAAAUUUAUCUGAACUGAAUGAUGGCGAUAAUUUUCCUCGAGAAGUUCUCAAGUUACUCUACCAUGCUAUUAAAACAUACCCCUUGGAAUGGGCAUUAGAUGAAGAUGGUGAUGAGUGUGGUUCUCAACUACAACAGAAGCAACCAUCAGAAAAUCAGCAAAAUCUUGCUGGAAAUAAUCCUUUUCUUGACGUCCCCAAUGCUGCUACCGCUAUUGAAUACAAGAAAGGCUAUGUUAUGCGUAAAAGUUGUGUGGAUCCAAAUGGCAAAAAAACACCGUUUGGCAAAAGAGGAUGGAAAAUGUUCUAUUGUACUUUGAGAGAUAUGGUUCUUUAUUUGCACAAGGAUGAACAUGGUUUUCGUAAAAGUGCCCUAAGUGACAACCUUCACAAUGCGAUUCGAAUACACCAUGCCCUGGCCACUAAAGCUGCCGACUACACGAAAAAGCAGCAUGUGUUCAGACUUCAAACUGCAGAUCAGGCAGAGUAUUUGUUUCAGACAAGUGACUCCAAAGAGCUUCAGUCGUGGAUAGACACCAUAAACUUUGUCUGUGCAAGUUUCUCAGCUCAACCAUUGGCAGGUGCUGUGGGCUCUCAACGCAAGUUUCAGAGGCCACUAUUGCCAUGCAGUCACACAAAGCUGAAUCUUAGAGAGCAGCUUCGAGACCAUGAAGAGAGGGUGCUAAAGUUGGAAGCAGAAUUGGAAGAGCAUAGAAAAUAUCCACCAGAAAGAAGUGCAAAAUCAUUGAACAUUCAGAACUACAGGGAAAAGGAUGUGUACCUACAUUAUGAGUUAAAAAGGUACAAAACAUAUGCGUAUCUCCUGCGCUCUCGAAUAUCUCAAUAUCCUGAGCUUGAGCCUUCGUUAGUGGAGACCUGUAUUGGUGAAGUGGAUGAAGGGGGGGCUGUUGCGCUUAUGGAGCCAAUGGCUGGUGGCGGCGGAGGGAUCAUUCCUCCUCCUGUUCCUGAUCGACGCACAAGUCCUACAACCAAUAGGUAUAGUUAUCGGGCAGCUAUUUACAGUGGUUCUGCGGGCAGCAAUCGAGACAAUGGGGGAGACAUAGGCUGACGGAUGAUGGGAGUAUUCUCAGCAUGUGUACUGUAAAAUAAUUGCAAUAAUGUGUGUUGUGCAUGGGUAAUACAUGCUUGACGGGCCAGUUAUGCUGCCAGCCACAAUGAGUUGCACAGAGCCAUUGUUUUGUGGGAGGAACUGUUGGUUUCUUGAAGGCAGUAUUCACAUAUUUUUUGAAUUGUUCAAUUCUACACACUGUUGGUAAAAUAAGUUUGAGAAACUUCCAAAUUGUUAGGGUUGAUAUGGUUUUUAUCAUUUAUUUGUAAUGAAUUGAUUUUAUAUUAAGGCAAAAUUUUCUUUUUUAAAUUUCUUUAUUGCCUCAAAAUGCAUUAUUGCUGCUAAGCUCUCUUCUUUCAAGUUCAUCAUUUUUCAGAAAAACACUUAGAUUGAAUACUAGUUGUUUUUUUCCAGGGGGGGGGACUUUUAUUUUUUUAUUAUUUUUAUUUAUUUUUUAAAUAAAUAUUCUGGAAUGUGAUGUUUUCUUUAAAGUAUUUUGGAUUACAGCUUUAGUUUUUUGAAUAAAUGUGUUUUUUAUCCCAAAAUUUUAUCUUGUUGAAUUUGAAACGAUCAUAAAAUAUCAACCCUUCAAAAAAUAAUUAAAGUUUCUGAUUUGCAUUCUUUCUUUCUUUUUCUUUUUUUCCCCUCCAAUUUUGAUGCUGUUAAAAGCUAGAAACACAAAGUAUUGUUAAUGGAAUCUUUUACUCCAGAAGAUAAUGUGAUGCUACUUUUUUGUGCAUCCAACCAAUAAAUGGCCAGUGAUACCAAUAUCUUAGCUUCAACUUAAAGUAUUCCACAAAAACCUUGAGUAAUUGCUAACCAUCACAAAAGUGUGCGUUAUCUGUGAUAUUAGAGAGAAAAUAAAUGUUGAAUAUUUGCCAAAUGUUAUGUGCAUCCAGAAAGACCAUUACAGUCUUAGCUGGUUUUUGUGUUAAUAUAAUGCUACAGUAAUAAAGCCCUGUACACAUACAGAGUGUUUUAUUUUGUGUUUUGAAUUCAUUAAUAAUGAGUACAAGGAUACAAGUAACUAAUGUCUUAUUUCACCCUUUAAUUUAUUCGGUAGGAACACUGGUGAAAGAAAAGCUUGUAUUAAGAUAAUUUAGGACAUUUAAUUUAUUAACUUUACCAUAACUGUGUUGAUAUAUUUUCAGUUUCCUUUUUAUAUUAUCCUUUGGUGAAAGGAGAAAUUGUGCAUUUCAUAUUUCAAAAUUUGUGAAACACUGCUUUCUCAUACUAUUGAGAAAACUGGAGUAUUGAAAACUGUAACUUUUGAACAGUUCCUUCUUUGUAAUUUUGUAAUAAUUGUAGAUAAAGCAGCUUUUUGCAUGUUUGUUUAUGGGAAUAUAUGAACAGUUAACGUUAAUCUUUGGUUUUAUGUAAAACUUCUGUCAGUUUAACCAUCACUUCUUGCAAAUGGAUUGUUCAAAUUAAGCAGAUAAUGAACUUUAAUAUCUUUUUAUGUAUGUGUGUAAAUUAUAUGCCAGAAGUGAUGAAAUAAUGAACACAUUUCUUUGUAUUAUAAAAAUUCUGCCCUAUUCACCUGUUUCUCUGUGCACAAUUCUUCUUGCAUUAAUGUGUGUUGUGUACACUGGCACUUCUCUGGUCUAACUGUGUUUGUUGGUGUUUACAGUCACUUGCUGAAAAUCCUCCCUAUAUGUCUUUAACUACUGCUAACUCUACAUUUUAUGGACACUAACUUUCCAUUUUUACAAUGCCACCCUGUAUUUAUUGAUCAAAACUCACAGAAAUGUUGCUUCUGCAUGUAGCUGAAACCCAGCAAAUAUUAAAUGAAAAUGUGUUUCCCCAUAGAUCAAGAACAAUAACUUUGAACCCUUCAUAUAGUAUUUAUUUAUUCAUUUUUAUGAAGUUUUCCACAUUUAUAUUACUUUCUAUAGUUUUGGUAUUAGAUUUUUAUGUAAUAUUUUUACCUCUGUAUGUACCAUGUAGUAAUAUUGACCAAUUAAAAGAAAGCUAUAAUUUAAUUAAUAAGUACAUGGUUGCCAAUUCAGACUGACUACCCUCAUACAUGAGAGUAUUACUCAAUUUAAUAUACUGAAUAAAAUACUCUUUAAGUUGCAUAACUAAUGUAACUUAUGUAAACUGUGAGAUUCAAAGCAAGUAAGUAAAAGUUGAAUGUAUAAUGGCAACAUUCCACUCAGAUCUGAUUUACCUAGAACAACUUGCAGAGAAAGAAAGACUUCUAAAAACAUUUCUUUUGAAAUGUUGACCUCUUUUUGCCAUUAUGUGGAUUUCAAAAUAUAAAAUUUUCACAACUUUUACUGUUACAUUGUCAAAGGUAUAAGCUUGUUAUAAAGUUUACAGUGAAAUCGUGAGUGUUGUGUAAUGCUCUGAAUGAAAAUUAAUUCAUGCGGGAGGCUCAUGAUCUAUUUUACACUUGAAAGCAAAUGAAGAAUGAGUGAGUGAGUACAUGUAUAUAUGCUUCCCCUCAACCAAUCAUUAUGAAAACCCACAUAUGAAUUUUAUGGGAGAAUCAACUUUUGCAGCGCUUAGAAGUGACUAAUUCAGUAUUAAAUUUACUUCCGAAUCUGAUAACAAGAUUGACCAGGGAAAUAUUAUAUUUGAAAUGCAGUGUAAUUAUAAGAAUGAUAUGUAGAUAAUUAUAUUUCACUGUACAGCAUAAUAUAUGCAUAGAUAUGUAAAUACUGUACAUAAGUACACAAUUAAGAGUAAAGGAGGAGCACACAGGUGUAUCGGUGAAAGAUUUGACAUGAAGUUCUCAGUCAGGAGUAGCUGGGCCCUUGCAAUGAAACAUUAUUUUAUAAUUAAAUAUUUUUACAGAAAUUUCUUCCAUUAACAAUCACAUUUCCUGAAUUGUAACGCAUGCUUUUUUAUUGUUUUUAUUUUUAUUGUCAGGCCUAAUCUUCAGAUAUUUUCUGAACUCUCUUAUAAUUCAUGUUCUUCUUUGGUUUUGUGGUAAAUGCUUCACUGUCAACCAAGUGUGAACCUUCUUAACUACCUUAGAAGGCUGAAAUGAUCAAGCCUUUCUUCAUAGAGCAAGUAAAAAUGUGAUAACUUUUUCUGAUGCAGUUCUACUCAAUGCAGUUGUUGGAAACCGAUGGUAAUCGGAAAUGUGGAAAUGUUUUUAAUGGUUAUAAAUUUUAAAAAAAUGCAAAAUAUGUGAAUGAAUUUUUGUAUAUUCUAAAAUUGCAUGUGCAAUUAACAAUUAUUUCAGUGAAAGGAAAACAAAGUAGUUGUACUUGAGUCUCCAUUAUAUUUAAUUUCUCUUUACUGAAAUAAUUGAAGAUUUAUUUGUGUUGCUAGAAAAUCAAUAACCUAGGAUUGUGGUAGUUACUAACAAAGGGCAUUUAAUUAAGAAGCUCUGAAAAGGAGAUAAUUACCAAAGCUGUGCUAAGUAAUUUCAAAUCAAAGUUAUUGGUGGUUGUUGUUUUUGUCCAUUAUUGCCUUUUGUGAAUGAAUUAAAUUUUUUAAACACUUGAUUGUUAUUUUAGUAUGUCCCAAAAACGUAUGAAUUAUCUGACAUAGUGUAAUAAAUUAGGUAUUUACUGCUUAACUUUGAGUUGGUUUAGCUAUGUUGUGUUAGUUUCUCUUAAAGUCAGAAAAUUCUUGGAAAUAAUUGCAUUUGAAAUGUUUAGAUGUAUCCUUUCGUGCAGGGAGUGACUUAACUUUCUUUACACUUUUUAAUUGUUGGAGAAACUGAAAUCCAGUUUUCAUGAUAUUGAACCUCUGCAAACAAUGAAGGGAUGCUGUAUCCUGUUCUAUGGAAGUUGUAAAAGUGGUGGCACUGAUGCUGGGAAACAGAUGAAGAUUUCUUGUCAGGGAAAUUUUUUUGCAAUUAUUUGUGUCAGAUGCUUAGUGAGACUUUUUGAUGUUCGGAUGCAAUAUUUUUUUCUGUGUGUUUGCUGUGUCGAAAUUCCAUUGCACUGAACUUUACAUUGAGUACCCAUUAUGCAGCGGGCUUUUCCUUGGAGUAUUCAGAGCUGCUUUUGGUUGCCUGCACCUGGACCUUUGCUCACCUAAGCCAAACUUCAUAGGCAAGUCAGUAAGAAUAUUGAACCGUGAAUCACUUUUUUUUGUGAUUGAUUUUUUUUUCCCCCUCCCCUCGUGCAAUUCUCUAGUUUCCCUUGCUUCCUCCAAAGUUUUAUUGUAAGCAGAUAAUUUGCAGUCAUAAAAUAUGGUAAUAAUGAUGUACACAUUUUGUGCCAUCUACUACUGCCUUAGAGAUUUUUUGAUGAUGGAAGUAUCAAUACUUGUCUGUAGCUCAGCAAGCCUAAUAGAAUACUAGAUGUUGUAAUCGAUACACACUCUAGGAAGGCAAAGCCUACAUGUUCAGCAAUCUCAUCUCCAUUGUACAUUAGAAAGCUUGAAGGCAGAAAGAUACUUCUUUGAACUCCUGCAUACGAGUUGCCUCGGGCAAGAAGAGUUGAGAGGGUGAUGAAAUACCAUGCCAUACAGUAAACUCUCUAAUAAACGAAUUCCAGGGGACCAACAUUUGGGAAGGUUGUUUAUUAGAUAGUUCUUUAUCAAGAAAGUUUUGAAUGAAAAUGAUUAUUAAUAUACAACAUUCCACAAGUGAAGAAAAUUCAUUUCUUUAACUGUACUACCUUUAUUUUACAAAAAAUAUUAUUUAUUUCUGGGAAAGAAUUGUUUCUUUCUUUCUGUCUUUUGUUAUAUUUGUGAGGGAAAUCAUUGUUUACAGCUUCAGAGCUGAUUUUUGUCACAUGAUCAGAGCAUGUCAUUUGGGCAUUACCCAUGAAUUGCUCAGAAAGAAAUGAGUUUAUGAUAUUUUGUAUGUUCAGCCAAUACUUGUGCCCCCCCCCCUAUUUUAUGCUUUGUGACCACAAGCAGAUUCUGAACACAAACAUAAUCUUGCUCGAGUACUUUGCAUUCAAUCUUUAUGCCAUCAUUCUUCCACCUUCGCAGUUGUGAAAGUGCUUAUUCAAGAUGGCAUUGCCCCACACCGUCAUGCAAACUCAAAUUUUGAGUACUCUGGUGGAAAAACUAGAAUUCUUGCAUUGAAAGGAAACAAGUUACUGUUGAGGUAUUUAUUUGCCCCAAAUCUGGGAGUGACUGAAAACUCCAUGAAAACACUCAUCUUAAUAAGAUACUGGUGGGAUUCUACAAUUUUGUUCAUUAUUUAGACAGUUCCGUUAAUGAGAAGAAUUCGUUUUUGGAUAGUUCACUAUAUAUUGCAGAAGGGCUGACUGUGAGAGUUGAAACUGUGUGAUCUAUGUUAGGAUGGAAGGCAUUCAUAGAUGGAAGAAAAGAAUAUUAACCCUUUAUUUGAAGAAUUUAGAUUAUGUAAAAUUAUCAUUCAUUAUUUCAUAUAUUUUUUCCUAACAAAAAGUUCUUAACACUAGAAAAUUCAGGCUUUUCUUGCAUCUUAGAAUGCCCAAACAUACCAAAAAAUGGCACUAUUCUAUGGUUUAUUUUUACGAAGAAUUGCUUGUAUUGCUGGGAAAUAAUCCUGAAAGUUAUGACUGCAUCAAGAACAACUUAAUAAUUAAUUUUAAAUGGUUGAAGUAAACUAGUGGUAUUACAGAAUGGCACUGACUUUCCCGUGUUAGUUUUCUAUUUCCUUUGGUCUCGGCUAGCUACUCCGACAUGCCACAUACUCCUGCCAGCUGC